AUGUCAGGAAAGUGCUUGGUCAUUGUAGGUUCUCUCUGCUUCUGCCUCCUGACUCUUGCACUCUUCACGUAUAUUCAAAAUACUAAAAUAUGCCGUCCAUAUUCCCCACAAAGCGGUAUAACUAUGUCGUUCCCAACAGUCUCGGAAGUGGUUUGCAAUCUCUAUUCAGCCAAUGAAGAUGAGUAUGUUUCGCUGGAAUCGUUUCUACAAGCAUCAACAACUAACAAAGACCAAGAUCUUCGCUUGAGUGGCUUAGCAGUACUUUCCAGACUGGCCAAUGCAAGUCAACCUUUAGUUGAUGUAAGCAAGUCAAGAAUACAUGUCGACAAAAUCGCUCUCGUCACGCUUAAGGACGAUACAGCGUUUUCGUGUGGAGAUCUAGCACUUAAUGCACAGAACGCCGGAUACUCUGUGGUGACAUAUUUUGGCGACGGAUAUUGUGGACCAGAUGGAAAUGUAACAAAACCUCACACGCUAGAGGAAAUAUUGAUUCCUAUUGUGUUUGCUGAUUGUGCCAAUUCCAGCACUUCAGACUCUUACAACCCUCCGGUUUAUGAUUAUGAUUUCCUUAAAAAUGCACAAAAAACAUUUGUAAAUAUCAUAAAAACUAAACAAUGGCCUGAUGAGCUCAAACAGAUGGCAAAAUACUUAGACAAACUUUACUACUGGUUUCUUUUGGGUCCAAUUAUUACGCUCGUAUGGCUCAGACGAAAGAAGAAACUCUGUUGUGUGACGACAUCACGACAAGUCGAUGAGGAAUCUGCAGCUGGCAACGAGGAAAGUACGAGGUUAGUCACAAGAGUUGAGGAGAGUCAACAAGACAAUGCUGGAGUCAUACAAGACAUUACUGGUGGAGAAAAUGAGAAUGAGUCACAACCUCUAAUCGUUACAGUAGACACUGGAACUGAUUUAACAGAAAGAGAUAACUUGCGCAAUAAUAGUAUUACAAAGCGAGUGGAGAGGAUAUUUGGAACAGGUAUUCGCUACUUCGUGGUUUGUCUUGGUUAUGUGAUUGUCACUCUAGCAGCGCUCCCUGUAGGUAUAUCAAGUGGGGGAUGGUCGUUUUUUCGAUUUGAUGAGCGAGGAAUGUAUCGACCAACGAAUUUCUGGGAAGGUCUUAUAAAAUAUUUUCGUAAAACCACUAAUAUGUCGCUAGAUUUUCAGGUAGUUUGGCUGUCAUGUGCUCUCACGGCAUGGUGGCCAUGUUUUCAAAUCUUUUGUUUUUUCAUGUACAGUAUGUUUGAUUGUGCGAGUACUUGGACCGUUUUGACAAACGUUUCAAAGUUGAUUCGAAGUGACUGGUUUUCGUCCAACAUGUAUUUGCUCGCUUUAUGCGCCAUCGUGCCAUACUGUUCCCUCAGCGACCAACCUCUUUCUCAGCAGUUUUUCUAUUUUACGGUUUACAAUAUACUGUGCACAGUUUGCAAUUUUCUUUUUAUAAUUAUCCUCAACAAACACAAAGUUGUCACAAGGUAUGUGUUCUACAUCAGUGUGUGUAUGAUCUGUGCUUAUGUUGAGAGUGACAUAGUAGCUGUGUUUUAUUUCAUUCUCAAUUCUCAAGGCUCCCUGAACAACUUAAAACUCACUGCUCUUCGCACUGCAGCACUUGGCCUCACACUGACCCUGAGUUUCAGUUCUUCAAUGCACAUAAUCCGCAAAAUUAUGAAGCCACAGGAGUCUGUGUUUGAGGGACUGGCAGAGAAAUGA